GCCCUCGGAACCGCCACCAUGGGAAUGUCCAAAUCAAAGGGCUGCUUUGGUUACCCCUUGAGCAUCUUCUUCAUCGUGGUCAAUGAGUUCUGUGAAAGGUUUUCCUACUAUGGAAUGAGAGCGCUCCUGAUUCUGUACUUCCGACGGUUCAUCGGUUGGGAUGACAAUCUGUCCACGGCCAUCUACCACACGUUUGUGGCUCUGUGCUACCUGACGCCCAUUCUCGGUGCACUGAUCGCGGACUCCUGGCUGGGAAAGUUCAAGACGAUCGUGUCACUGUCCAUCGUGUACACAAUCGGACAGGCGGUGAUCGCAGUGAGUUCCAUCAACGACCUCACAGACUUCGACCACGACGGAAGCCCCGACAACCUCCCUGUACAUGUAGCGCUGUCCAUGAUCGGCUUGGCCCUCAUAGCCCUGGGAACUGGAGGAAUAAAGCCCUGCGUGUCUGCAUUUGGUGGAGAUCAGUUCGAAGAGGGCCAGGAAAGUCAAAGAAACAGAUUCUUUUCCAUCUUUUAUUUGGCCAUUAAUGCUGGAAGCUUGCUUUCCACCAUCAUCACGCCCAUGCUCCGAGUUCAACAAUGUGGGAUUCACAGUAAACAAGCUUGUUACCCACUGGCAUUUGGGGUCCCCGCUGCUCUCAUGGCUGUCGCUCUGAUUGUGUUCGUCAUUGGCAGUGGAAUGUACAAGAAGUUUCAGCCCCAGGGAAAUAUCAUGGGUAAAGUUGUCAAGUGCAUUGGUUUUGCCGUCAAAAACAGGUUUAGGCAUCGGAGUAAGGAGUUUCCCAAGAGGGAGCACUGGCUGGACUGGGCUAAGGAGAAAUACGACGAGCGGCUCAUCUCUCAAAUUAAGAUGGUGACGAGGGUGAUGUUCCUGUAUAUCCCACUCCCCAUGUUCUGGGCCUUGUUUGAUCAGCAGGGCUCCAGAUGGACACUGCAAGCAACAGCUAUGAGUGGGAAAAUCGGACUUCUUGAACUUCAACCAGACCAGAUGCAGACCGUGAACGCCAUCUUGAUCGUCAUCAUGGUCCCCAUCGUGGACGCCGUGAUAUACCCUCUGAUCGCAAAAUGUGGCUUCAAUUUCACCUCUUUGAAGAAGAUGACAGUUGGAAUGUUCCUGGCUUCCAUGGCCUUCGUGGUGGCGGCGAUUGUGCAAGUGGAAAUUGAUAAAACUCUUCCAGUCUUCCCCCAACAAAACGAAGUCCAGAUUAAAGUACUGAAUAUAGGAAAUGAUAACGUGACCGUAUAUUUUCCUGGAAAGGCGGUGACCCUUAGCCAAAUGUCCCAAACAGAUCAAUUUAUGACAUUUGAUGGAGACAAUCUGACAAGUAUAAACAUUUCUUCUAUCGGAUUACCAAUUGUUCCAGUAACUCCUAAGUUUGAGCAGGGCCACCGGCACACCCUGCUAGUGUGGGCGCCCAGCAGUUACCGUGUGAUCAAGGAUGGCCUUAACCAGAAGCCAGAAAAAGGAGAAAAUGGCAUCAGAUUUAUAAAUACUUUUGAUGAGAGCUUCAACAUCACAAUGGGUGAGAAAGUUUACGUGAAUGUCACCAGUCACAAUGCCAGUGAAUAUCAGUUUUUUCCUUUGGGCGCAAAAAACUUUACGAUCAGCUCAACACAACAGAUUCCACCGCAGUGUAAGAAAGAAUUCCAAUCAAACAACCUCGAAUUCGGUAGUGCCUAUACCUAUGUAAUCAGAAAGAAGAGCGACGGCUGCCCUGAACUGCACAUAUUUGAAGACAUCGCGCCCAACACAGUUAACAUGGCUCUGCAGGUGCCACAGUACUUCCUGCUCACCUGCGGCGAAGUGGUUUUCUCGGUCACGGGACUGGAAUUCUCAUAUUCUCAGGCCCCCUCCAACAUGAAGUCGGUGCUGCAGGCGGGCUGGCUGUUGACCGUGGCCGUUGGCAACAUCAUCGUGCUCAUUGUAGCAGGAGCCGGCCAGUUCAGCGAACAGUGGGCUGAGUACAUCCUGUUUGCGGCGUUGCUUCUGGUGGUCUGCGUCAUAUUUGCCAUCAUGGCCCGGUUCUAUACUUACGUCAAUCCAGCAGAGAUCGAGGCUAGUUUUGAUAAUGAUGAAAAGAAAAAGAACCUGGAAAAUAUAUAUUCCACGAUGCCUCCCGUCUCACAGACACAGAUGUAAAUGUCAGGAAGCAAGUGGAGGAUGGACUGGGUCUGGAACAUGCCCCGACUUCUGUCCCCUGGUGGAGGACACUGACGGAGAAGACUUCAGAAUUCUGAACCAAGAAAGCUCUUUUCUGAGCAGCCAGCACUGAACCUAAAACUCUGGAAGAAGUCUUUUUUUUUUUUUAAAGAGAAAUCAUAUUUAAAGCAUGCACACACAUACACACACACACACAUACACACACUUCUACAGCCAUGAAUCUGUACCCUGCCUUUAACUCCUUUUCUACCACAUGAAUGACGUUAUUUUGGGCUAAAUUUUUUGAAAGGUGGCAAAGUUCCAGAUUGUUUGCAUUCUAACAGUCUUUGAAAACACCAUUCAAUGUGGCAGGAGCCGAUGUAAAGAGUGAAUUUACAGGCUUUAGAUGGUAUAUAAUAAGCACCAGCUAGUAUUAACUGAUAACUUUACCUUUGGUUUUUUGUUUUGUUUUUUUUUCCAUUCCCUACCUCUUUAAAUUUUGUGUGACUCAAAAGACCACUCCGGAAAAGGCCAGUAAUGACUCUUGGAGUUUCAGUGGUAUGAAAUACAUUCCUGUUCUUAAGA